AGAUACGAAUAUCACACGUGAAAUAAAUUAAUCGUAAAAUAAAAACCAACCAAUAACUAUGAUAACAAAAUUGCAUUGAACGAUAACGCAUCAACACGAAAAGCAAUGACGAUUACGAUAAUUAUAUUAAAAUGAAAUAAUAAAUACGAACGCGAAACAUGUCUCAUAGCGCAAUGAUAAUUCCCACUCAAUAUCCUAUUCCCCUUGCACACCGUGCCUUGAAAAACGAGACGCUACAACGUGUCGUCUCAUAAUAUUAAUUUUUAUAUCUGUAUUUGGAUGUUUAUAGAAUAAACUACUACGCCACAACGGACGACAGCUCGCGUGUACGGUCUCGCAACUAAUCUAUUUUAAGAAUACUAAUACGGUAUGGCACAAAAGUAAAACUAUGAUAAAUAUUGAAGUUAUGUAUGUUAUAUAAAAAUAAAUAAAAUAUAAUAAAACCAAAUUAUGUAUCCGUAUUAAAAGUGGGUAUACAUUGUUUUAUUGUCUCCUUUGACGCUUCGCCACUGUUUAAAUGUUAUUAUAUAAAAGUUUGCUUAAUUAAUUUUCGUUUUUAUUCAAGUUAUUUUGAUAUGUUUUGCGAGGAUGAUAUACAAAUCGUUGCAUACAUAAGUGUCCAGAAAGGGGGGCAAAACGGAGCAUUUGCCCUCCCCUGAAAAAAAUUAAUUGAACAGUUAAUAACAAGGUUUGCAAUUGAACAACUACGAAGGCUUAAGUUUUUAUUUAAUAACGGCUAGUGUGUAUAGUUCUGACAUAUUUUAAUGUUUGCUAAAAAUAUAUUUUUUAAUAUUCUUUUUGGUGUUUGAUUUAAUUAUCCGCCCCCCCCCCCUGAUAAAUUUCCUGCGGACGCCCAUGUUGCAUGUACUUUCAUUAUUAUCGAGGGCGAAGAAAAAAUUUACUAACGGAGAAAACGAUUUUGGGUACGCCCAAAACUUCGAAGUAAAGAAAAAUAUGGUUAAAGUGACAAUGAAGGUUUUAGACGAAUUGAAUCUCUAAUACAGACCUGGAUGUUAUUUCUAAUUUUUUUUUUCGAGUGAAGAGUAUUAAUUUUAACAAUCAACUGCUCAAAAAAUAAAGAAGGAAGCGCCAUUUAGAAGAGGUAUUUCUGCCGAAGAACGACUGGCAGUUACGAUUCUAAGCUACGGGAGAUUCGUACCAUUCGUUAAGUUUCAUUAUUGUUUUAUAUGUUAUAUUAUUAUAUCAUUCAAUUUUUGUGUUAGAGAAAAAACAAUCUGUGGUGGCAGAACCAUUUACUUUUAUGUAUUUGAUCAGUUCUUAUGCCAGACUGUCUACUAUCUCUUUUUUUUUUAAUUCGCGUGAUAAAUAACACGCCAAAUUUUUUCCCUACCUCUUUUUUCCAAAAUCAACUGCAAUUUUCAUUAUCACGUCCAUUCUUUUAUUUCUAUUUUUAUAUUAUUUUAAAUGGCAGAAACUAAUCAAACAACCCAACGCGCUACGACAAUUAAAUUUUAAUAAGAGCCAAUUGUGUAGUCAAUUUGCACGUACAUAUUAUUUAUUCUCAUUAGCUUUCUUUGAAGUAGUCUGACACUCGAGCGAUAUCUAUUGGCAUGCCGUUUGGCACGAAUUUGUCAGCUGGCAUAUGCCAAUGGCCACGCCUAUACCUUUUUGGCUAUGUCAACUGACUUUAAGCGACAUAGUGUGGAUGCAGCUUAAGCGGGGACGUGCCAAUUGGCAAUGCCAUUGUCUUUCUAUGAACACAGCACACACUAAACGCUUAUAUUGAACGCAUGUUAUUUUGUUUUUCUUUUCGUUUUUUAUCAAAUAUUAUGCAGUGGUCAAAUGAAAAAGUUCUAACAUUGAUAAAACUGUAUCGCAGUCGUCCCUUUCUAUGGGAUUGUAAAUUAAAAGAUUACAAGGAUCGCAAUAAAAAACAUGAUGCUUUCAUCGAAAUUGCUACAAAUUUUGGAGUGGAAAAAGUAGAAAUCGAAAGAAAAUUAAAUAAUUUGAUCCGUCAUCUUUCACGAGAAAUAAAAAAAGAAAACGACAGUAUCGAAUACCAUAAAUCUGGAAGUGGAACUAAAGUGUAUAAGAGCAAAUGGUUUGCUUAUCAGAGUAUGAAGUUUCUGAAAUACAAAAAUCGCCCAAAAGAAAUGACAGACAUACAGGGUCCAUUUAAUCUCGCGGCUAUUGAGCCAGAUGAAACUCUUCAAAAAGUGGUGGAAAAUGGUAACAAUGUAUCAAUUCAAUCAACAUUUAUGCUACAAGGAAAGAAGCGGUCAUUAAGAUCCACAAAAUCUCAAAAUAAAGCCAAGUAUUCGGUAAAAGAUGAAUUACUCGCUAUUAUGAGAGACAUACAAGGAGAGAAAUCUGUGAGAGACCAAUAUGCCUUAUUUGGAGAGCAAGUAGGUAUGCAAAUACGUGAUCUUCCAACGCCGUAUAGUAGAAAAGUUGUGAAACAAAUAAUUAACACAGUAUUAUUUGACGCUGAAAUGGGAAAAUAUGAUUAUCCAUCUACCAUUUCUUCACAGCCAUAUCCAGAACCACAUCUGUACGCGAAUUUCGGAACUCAAAUUCCCAGUAAUCCUCUACCUUUUCCAUCUCCUAGCAAAAUUUCCACACCAAUGGUGAGUCCUGCUUCAUUAAUAGAUGGACCUGGUACUAAUGAUAGUUAAUAAAUCGAUAAUCUUUAAAUGGAAAUUUAAACUUAUUUUAAACAAAUGUAACUAUUUUUAAUUAAUAAAUACGUUUAUACGUACAAAUA